UCAAAGCAACGCGACGUCGCAGGCUAAUGACGUCAGGAUCGGGUGAGUUCGCGCCUGCGCAGUGCAGACCCCACGCUGAUGCAAGACGUCCUCAGCGCAGCAUUGUGUCAGCAGACGGAGAGCAGCGACCGAAGCCGCACGGCCCGCACAGCCCGCACAGCCCGCAGACAUGUCCGGAGACGAGAUGAUUUUUGAUCCCAACAUGACCAAGAAGAAGAAGAAGAAGAAGAAGCCCUUCAUGCUGGAUGAGGAAGGAGGAGAGGGGGUGGGAGGAGAAGAGGCUAAGGAGGUGGAGGCGAAGGAGGCAGAACCAGAGACUGGAGACGACAAGGAGCUGGAUCUAGAUGAAGAUGAAGGCAGGAAGAAAGAACCCUCCGAUGAUUUGAACGACUUGAACUUCUUCAACCAGAAGAAAAAGAAGAAGAAACCCAAGAAAGUAUUUGAUAAUGAGGUCGAGGAGGGAUUAAAGGAGCUGAAAAUUGAGGGUGAGCAACCGGAAGUGCUGGAGGAGGACAACCUGGACCUGAUGCUCCCUACCAAAAAGAAGAAGUCAAAGAAAGUGGACUUUGAUGAGGGAGAGUUGCCGGAGAAGGAUGACGCUUUGGAGGAUGAUGAGGGGAAGAACAACGAUGGGAUCUCAUUCAGCUCCAUCACAGGGCCGUCCUGGGCCGGUACUGAAAGAGACUACACUUAUGAUGAGCUCCUGAACCGAGUCUUCAACAUAAUGAGAGAGAAGAACCCGGAUAUGGUGGCCGGAGAGAAGAGGAAGUUUGUGAUGAAGCCUCCUCAGGUGGUCCGAGUGGGAACAAAGAAAACCUCCUUUGUCAACUUCACAGACAUCUGCAAACUGUUGCAUCGUCAGCCUAAACAUCUCCUCGCUUUCCUGUUGGCCGAGCUGGGAACAAGUGGUUCCAUAGAUGGAAAUAACCAGCUUGUGAUCAAAGGCAGAUUUCAACAGAAACAGAUAGAAAACGUGUUGAGAAGAUAUAUCAAGGAAUAUGUGACGUGUCACACCUGCCGCUCCCCGGAGACCAUCCUGCAGAAAGACACUCGCCUCUAUUUCCUGCAGUGUGAAACGUGCCACUCCCGCUGCUCCGUCGCCAGCAUCAAGACCGGUUUCCAGGCUGUGACGGGCAAGAGGGCACAGCUGCGCGCUAAAGCCAACUAAAAUAAGACCACCGAAACUGGGCUCCGCCUCCUCCCAACUCGGCUUCCCCUUUUUUCCUCAGAGGGGCCGAAGCUGGGGUCGGACGCCCCUCUGAUUCGCUAAAAGGACUCUCUGGAUCGAACUGCGGGAGGGUUUGGCUGUUAAGUUGUGUCGUGGCCUGACAGGGCAGGGAGUGAGAGAGUAUCUAGAGCUGACAGAUUGGGUUCAGGCACCGUUAGCAGAUGAAGUGUACCACACACACACACCAUUGAAUGCAUUUGAUUUGUUGUCUGGUUGAACUCUCCACCUCCCUAGGUUUUGUUUUUUCUUUUUUCCAUUUGCUGUGAUUCCUAAUUCCUGAUUUGAUAUGGCUUCUUCAUCUUUUACUCUCCCACUUAACAUGCACAAGAGAUGAAUAUUUCUUUAGAUAAGGAAUGGAUUUCUCUGUGCAACCAGCCAAAUUGCAGUUAAGCUAUGUUGAUCUCCAAUGACAGCGUAGUUGCUCUGCUAAUUGUAGCCAUUUGGCUCAUAAGGUUACAUCGCUGUUCUUGAAUUCAAGAUUGCGUUCCUGUUUCUGUUCUGGCCCGAAACGACAAAACUGCCAGUCCAGAAUUUUCUGCUCUAGCUUUUCAAGGAUAAAAAUAUUAAAAUCACCGGGCCGGAGUACACGGAGGAAGAUUUGUCUCAUUACUAGUCCGUGACAGCCCCGACACAGACCUCAUUUUGAUAAUCUUUUAGCAGGAGAGGACCACAAAGUCAAAGAACUAGGGGUUGAUAAAGGGGAGAGCACUUUCUCGCUUAAGACUCUGAGGGGUUGUUUGUGAGACAGACACAGAAAUGAGUUUGUAAGUGGCAUUGAUGAGCAAUUUUGUACUUCAUUAUUGCUUCUUUUUGACUUCUAAGGUUAAGAUCAACACACUUUAUCAAUCAUUUGUGAUCUGAUGUUAAAUCUAAUACAAUGAAUUUUGUCAAGAAGAGCAGCUUUCUUGAGCUCAUGCCAGUCCCCGAACACAAACGCCCAAAUGCUUCCCCCUAAAAACAGCUUCUGAGCAGGGGCCUCCUCCAACAGGUCUUUAUUUUCAAGUGUGAUUUCAACAACUUUACACCACAAGCUGUCCAGGUUACGAGGAGUUUCAGUCCAAUGAUACUGGUGAUGUUAAAGUUUGAGAAGGAUGUGGAUAAGUAUGACUGGCUGGAAUUGUUUUAAAACCUGGUUUUUACAAAAAUAAAAUAUUCUACUCUCUCUCUCUAUAA